GGGAACUUCCUGAAAUAACUGGCGGAGGGAAGUGAAGUUUUACUCGGUGCACCAGAGUUGUCGGAAGGAAGGAAGGGGGGGGGGGGGUGUGCUGAAGUGUCAAAACUGACCGUUCAGUCGCUAUUCCACCCCAUUCGACCGGAGCCCCCUCCGGAUCAUGGAGACGAGGAUUCUGCUUUCAUUGCUGCUCUGGGCACUUCCCCAAUCCGGCACGGUACAGGGGGAAGUGGUCCGGGAUUUUAAGGAAUGCGACUGGUUCUUCCAGAACAAGACACCCCCAAAGGGUUUCCCUAUGCGACGCCGGCUCAGAAUCUGCCAGCGGUUUAAGAAUCAUUACCACUACGCCACUCUGUACAACAGCGGGCUGCGGAUCCCAGUCUACUCCGCCUACAGGUACCCCUGCACUAUGGGCCAGAGUGCAGGCUACAGACCCAGCCCUUGGUUUUACGAACCGCAGAUUGAUGAUCAAAAUGCCCCAGGCACGAUGAGAAGCAGCAGCGCAUCUUUCAGUCAGAAUCAGGCGGUGGAUGAAGAUUACCAGGACUCUGGCUACGACAGGGGUCACCUCUACCCAUUUGCACUGAAUGAGAAGGAGAGUGCCACAGCCACCUGUACCCUCACCAACGCAGUCCCCAAGGAGCACACAGCCAAUGUUAACUGGUACCAUGAAGCAGAAUCCAUUGUCGAGAAGUUGGCACGGAUAUGCCACAAGUCUGGCCGGUCGAUGUAUCUCAUGACAGGUGCUGCCAACCCCACAAUGACCAAAAUGAAAAACCGGGUCUCAGUCCCCGGCAUGGUCUGGACUGCUCUUUGCUGCACCUACCCAGGGGACCAGAAUAAUGAUCCCUGCCUCAACAGCAAUGCAGGAUCAGAGGGGAAGGAUGUACUAAGAUACAACAGAGACUUUUCUUUUGCACUCAUGAAACAAAUGAAACCUGAACGGAGCACAAUACACUCAACUGUGAGACAACUGCAGAAGAAACUGCGAGUCGACAGGCUGUUUGACAACUGCAGGGGGAUGAGCGAAAACGAGGAAGCGGAAAUCUUCAAAGUGGUGGAAGGGUUGAUUCAGGGUAAAAUUAUCGAUUCUGUUAGCGGAGGGAGUUCCCCAUUGCGACCUUUCAGCUAUGAAGUACAUGUAGGAAUCUUCCGAUUCAUCCAUCACAAGCUCCUGGCUCCUGGUCAAUCCGUGGUACGAGUGGUGUUGAGGAACGUGAUGCAGUUUGCCACAACCAUCGCUCCCAUCUUCCAUGGCAUCCUUCUAGUUUUAGGAGUUCUUGCCAUCAAUACAUUUGGCAUCCUCAUCAACAAUUAAUCUGCUUACUCUGCCCACCUUAACAGACAUUAGGCCUGCCUCACUAAGACAUUAUAGUUUUAAACACCACGGCUUGUCUCCUUUAACAAAGCUGCCGUUGAUGGACCACUAAUACUGAUUGGGAACCUCGGGAUUCUCAUAUGGUACUAAUCAUUCCAUGGCCAGCAAACCUUCAUAGGCCCUCAUAACUUAUAACACCCUAUAAGGGCAAAUUGCCAAAACUCUUUAUGAACUCAGAUGCCAGUAGAGUUAAACCACCAGAGUUCCUUUCCACAGUAACACUAAGAUUUGAUCCUCAGAGAACCACCGGCUCAGGGAUUUCUGUACUCAGGCAAGCUAGCAUAAUCUUUCAUGGAAAUUAAAAUCCUCAUCCUCCCAACCGGUCCAGAACUUGAGAGUUUUGAGUUGAGAAACCGAUCAAAUUCCAAGAGAAUCUUUAGUCAGUUUCCCCAGACAGCCUUUUUUGGGUGUGAAAAGGUAAUUUUGCCACAGUCCCACACUCUUAUUAGAGAAAAACAACCGGUGGGAGUUUAACCUGAGGGUCACUAAGCUUCAGGGAAGAGACAGUGUUGAGAAGAUGGAACUUUCAUGGUGACUUUGGCCCAGUGCAAGAAUUGAGCCCACACUGUUGGCAUAAUCACAAACCAACCACCAGCCAACUGAGCUAACCAUAAACAUCUGGGGAAAUUCCAGGUGUCAGACCAAUUAACAUCUAAUCAAAGGAUCUUUAUCUGUAUCUUCAGUAUUAGAUUGCCUUUUCACUGUGGACAGUCUGCCAGUUUCUAGGGAGGGCUUUCCCUCCCAGUGCAACGCUGGGAUUGCCAUACCUUCUUGUGGCAAGUAUUGUUAGUAGUGACUAUCUGUAAGUGUGGAACAAAUGCUUUCUAGAUUGAAGUGAAUGGUGGUUUUGAUGUUUUUGAAGGUACGGCACUGAUCCAGUUGUACAACAAUCAUUUAGGUUUCCUCACGAAUAAUGUUUGACCUGGGCAUGUGUUCACUCGCUGUAGUCAAUCCAUUACCACAUUUGAGGGGUUUGCAUUCUCUUAUAGUUGACCAGAGAUAUUCAGUUCUUUGACAUCCAUCAAUGUAUCUAUGGUGAGAAUCAGAAUUAUAAUGGUUUCUUCCAGUUUAACUGUAGAGAAUGCUGGUAUUGUCAUGAAUAUUAAUAUGGGGAUGGACAGCUACCUCCAACCCUCUCACCAUUCUGACUUGCAAAUGUAUUACUGCUCCUUCAGAGUCUUUGGGUCAAAAUCCCAGAAUACCCUCCCUAACUGCAACAUGGGUGUUCCUAAACCUUACUGACUUUCAGUGGUUCAGAUUGUCACCUGCUCUGGGGCUUGGGCAACAAAUGCUGGUCUAACUAUAUCCUUUAAAAGAACCAGAACAAAUUUGUGUACUGCUGGUGGAAGUAGAGGUCUUUAGGUCUUUUAAGGGGAGGUGAUGGCCUAGUGGUAUUAUCGUUGGACUAUUAAUUCAGAGAUAUGCAAGUAAUAUUCUGGGGACCUGGGUUUAAAAGCCAGCAUGGGAGAUGGUGGAAUUUGAAUUCAGUAAAAAAUUUGGACUUAAGAUUCCAAUGAUGACCAUUGUCAAUUUUCAAAGAAAAACCCCAUCUGGUUCACUAAUGUCCUUUAUGGAAGAAAACUGCCAUCCUUACCUGGUCUGGCCUACAUGUGACUCCAGACCCACAUUAAUGUUGCUGACUCUUAACUGCCCUGUGGGAAAUUAGGGAUGGGCAAUAAAUGCUGAACUAGCCAGUGAUAGCCACAUCCUGUGUAUGAAUGAAAUAGAAUGUCUAUCUGGAAACAAUAAUCAGGAUUGGGCUCAUUUCUAGAAAAGGCAAAAGGGCGGCCUGAUGAAGAUCUACAAGGAUGUGCUGGAUAGUGCAGACACAAACAGUUUCCCAUUUACAGGUGCGACCAGAAGUAGAGAGAUAAUCAAUUUUAAAUCCAGUAGGGAAUUCAAGAAAAGUCCUUUGACUAGUGAAUGGUCACAGUUUGAAAUACUCAAUCAUAAAUAGUGAUUAAAAUAAGAUAGUUGCAUCCAGAAAUAAACUAGAUUAGGUACAGGAAGGACAAAGGAAUAGGAGAACACACUCACUUGGAUGUGAUGUCUAAAACUGAACACAGUGCACUAUAUGUAAUCUUAAUGAGUUUUAAUGCAGGAUCCUCACUACCUUUUUAUUUCCACCUCUACUUUCUUUUUACUCAUUCAACGGAUCUGGGCAUCAUGGGAUAUCAACAUUCAUUACCCAUCUGCAAUUGCCCUUCCAAAGGCAGUGGUGAGGUAUCUUCCUUGAACUUUUGAAGCCAUGUGAGGUAUGUAAGCCCAUUGUUAGAAUUGUAGAGAUGUACAGCAUGGAAGCACACCCAUUGCUCCAACUCAUCCAUGCUGACCAAAUAGCCUGUAUUAAUCUAGUCCCUUUUAGUCUGUACUCCUCCAAACUGUUCCUAUUCUUAUCCCCAUUCAGAUAUCUUUUAAAUGUAAUUGUACCAGUCUCCACCAUUUCCUUUGGCAGCUCAUUCCAUACAUACACCACCCUCUGCAUGAAAAAGUUACCCAAUCAGUUCCUUUUAAAUCUUUCCCCUCUUGUCUAGUUUUGGACUCCCCUACCUUGGGGUAAAGACCUUGGCCAUUCACCCUAUCCAUGGCCCUCAUGAGUUUAUAAACUUCUAUAAGGUCACCCCUCAUUCUGCAUCACUCCAGGGAAAAUAGCAACAGCCUAUUCAGCUUCUCCCUAUAGCUCAAACCCUCCAAACCUGGCAACAUCUUUGCAAACAUUUUCUGAGAACUUUCAAGUUUCACAACAUCUUUCCUAAUAGGAGGGAGACCAGAAUUGAACGCAGUAUUCUAAAAGUGGUCUAAUCAAUGAUAUGUACAGCUGCAACAUGACCUUCCACCUCCUGCACUCAAUGCACUGACCAAUAAAGGCAGUAUACCAAAUAUCUCUCCAAAACCCUGCCUAUCUUCGACUCUGAUUUGAAGGAACUAUGAGCCUGCACUCCAAGGUCUCUUUGUUUGGCAACACUCCACAGGAGUUUAUCAUUAGGUGUAUAGAAGGGAAGAGUUUUAUUGCACAUACCUGGAAUUCCAUGAGCUUCCCUUCUUAACAUUCUUGCAUUUCUGACAUGUUAGCUCUGGUGUUGUGAACCUAUAACUCUGUACCUUGCAAGUUUCUACAAAGGCCUGCAACUCUGAGUCUGGUUCCAUUCUAACUAUUGUUGCUGCCGUUAUUUUUACCAAAAUGUAUUCAUAGGAAAUAGGAGCAGGCGUAGGCGAUACUAGCCAUCACUCCUGUGCCAUACAGCAGACCUUCUACCUCAACACCAUAUUCCCUCGCGGUCCCCCAAUCCCUUGAUAUUUUUAAUCUCUAGAAGCCUAUUGAUCUCUGUCUUCAAUAGCAUCAAUGAUUGAGCAACCGCAGCUGCCUUGAGUAGAAAAUUUGCAAAAUUCAUGACCCUCUGAAUGAAACAUUCCUCUUUUUCUUAGCUGUAAAUGGCCUGACUCUUAUUUUAGCCUGUGAUGCCUCAGCCGGACCCCUAAGUCACAGAAACAAUGUUUUUGCAUCUACCCUGUUGAUUCCUGCAAGAACUUAUACGCGCUUCUGGGAGAUUGACUCUCAUUCUUCUCAAUUUUAGUGAACAUAAUGUUAUUUAUGUGAUAAUAGUCUCCAAUUCUACAUUAUCUAUACAAUGCCUAUGAUAUACAUAACACUCUAUGUUGUACAUGUAUUUUAUUGAUAUUAACUUUCACCUGCUGCCUUCCAGCCUAUUUCUCUCACAUGGUAUACAUGAGGCUGGUCACGAGGUGUACCUGCCUGCACAGAUGUUAUACUUUUUCAACUUCUUGGAACUUUUUCUGCUGGAAAUAUGCCAUUGCUGAUUCUUUGGCAGUCUCUCAGGGUCAAGGGUGUCUUGCUUUCAAAUUGAUUUCAAUGUGAUGCAGUUGGUUCACAAUGAACUUAUUUCACAAUCGGUAUGAACAGCAGUGUGAGCAGAACAUCCACCCAGUGCCCCCCAAAAUGCCAAAUACCUCAAAACAAAGCAGCCCCUGACAAGGAUAUUAUGAAUCCAUCAGUAGCCAGUGCAAUGCAGUGUUAUAGGAAGAUUACGUUCAAAAAGAAUAUAUCACAGCUUGAAAAGGACGUAGCUGAAGGUCAUUGUGUGAUGGUGAAGAGAUAUAACACCAGCAACACAGAUGGAGCCUGAAAAAGUUUGUUGUACAGCAAUUCCUUUCGUAACUCUUCUCUGUGUUUAAUGUUUUAACUUAAAGAUUUUUCUACAGUAGCCAAUUUUUAAAACACGUUAAAUAGACCCAGGUAAAAUUGGUGAUUGUAAUUAACUGGAUACAAGUGUGUAGAUGUGAGAAUACGAGUAUGUGAGGAUAUGAGUGUGUAAGUGUAUGAGGAUGUGAGUGUGUAGGUAUGUACAUUUGGGAUUAUCAUAUCCCAGUGGUUUUAUCAUAACAGUAUUGUUGAAGAAUGUCACGGUUCCUUGUGAAAAGCUGCUUGACGAGAUUUGAGAUAACAAAAUGUGGAGCUGGAUGAAAACAGCAGGCCAAGCAGCAUCUCAGGAGCACAAAAGCUGACAUUUCGGGCCUAGACCCUUCAUCAGAGAGGGGGAUGGUGAGAGAGAACUGGAAUAAAUAGGGAGAGAGGGGGAGGCGGACCGAAGAUGGAGAGAAAAGAAGACAGGUAGAGAGGAGAGUAUAGGUGAGGAGGUAGGGAGGGGAUAGGUCAGCCCAGGGAAGACGGACAGGUCAAGGGGGCAGGAUGAGGUUAGUAGGUAGGAAAUGGAGGUGCGGCUUGAGGUGGGAGGAAGGGAUGGGUGAGAGGAAGAACAGGUUUGAUCCACUCAAUUAAGUACAGCAAAUUGACAAGUCUGAUUGUGUAAAAUUUUGUUUUUUGAGAUAUUGAGCAAUAUCUAAAUUUAUAUUUGCAAGCUCAUCUUUAUUGAAAUACUCCAGUGUCAAACAGAAUAAGGCUCUUAACUGGCUUUAAUACUAACAUGUGAAUUAACUUGUUUAUCACAAAUUAUGUUGUGAUUAAUGUGUGCA